AAUAGAACGUAUCAGUAGCUUGAGCAGAAUUUAUAACCUCUUUGAUUUAUUUAUUAAAAGUUUCUCAUGUUAUUCAUCAAAGUAUAUCGUUUAAAUCGUGUAAUUUAAUAUUCUUCUAUAAAUUUGUAAACUUAUUAUUUGCUAUUGUGACUGUGACAAUUAAUAGAAUAUGGGAAAUUGGCAAUUAGAAGUUUUUAAAAUGUCGUUAUACAUGGCAUUUCCCGUAAUAAUGUUUCAUUAUUUUAAUCAACCAGAAAAUUUCGAUGAAUGGGUGAACAAGGUAAAAAAUGAAUAUUAUCCGAAAGAAGAUAAAGAACAACGCAGGAUGUUGGAAGAAUCUAUCAGAGAACAUAAUCGAAGAAUAGAACAAAAGCAAUUGGAAAUUAUGCAACGUUCUAUUAACAAGAAUAUUUCAUGAAACAAAAAAUACUGUAUAAUAUAUUUUUAGUUUCUUACGUAUGGCUGUAUUUGUGCAUGUAUAUUUCGUUAAAUGUUAAUCAAAUAUCUUCAUUAGCAUGUUUGUUCCAUUUUAAUGAUUAAAUAAUAAACAUUCAUCUUGGUUGUACGA